UUGAGGGCAUAAAAAGGAUUAACUCUGAAGAAAAAUCCGGCUUUUACGGGAAUAUUUCACGGAUAAUUUUACAGGAACAUGACGGACAGAACAAUGAAACGGCAAGUGCUGAUGUUCAUCUCGGUUCUCUCUUUCAGUUCAGUGAUUGGGCAGGUCAGCUACUCCAUCCCAGAGGAAAUGUCGAAAGGCUCUUUUGUCGGUGAUGUUGCGCAAGAUUUGGGUUUGGAUGUGAAAAGACUGAAAUCGGGAAAAGCUCGCAUUUAUACGGGAGACAGUGCAGAGUACAUUGAGUUAAAUACAGAAAAGGGAGUCCUCCUCAUCAAAGAGAAAAUAGACAGAGAGGUGAUCUGCGCACAGACUUCACCCUGUGCUUUGCAUUACCAGGUUAUUUUAGAGAAUCCCAUGGAAUUUUAUACCAUUACCGUCGAGAUUACAGAUAUUAACGACAACGCCCCUAUUUUUAAAAGAGGUGAAAUGAAAUUUAGAAUAAGUGAGUCAGCUAUCACAGGGACCGUAUUUGUGCUUGAUCAGGCAAUUGAUCUGGAUGUCGGUGUAAAUGGCCUUCAGAGUUAUUUAUUAAAGCCAACUGACAACUUUGUUUUGAGGCUGCAAAGUCAAGCAGAUGGAAGCAAGAUGGUAGAAAUGGUUUUACAGAAACCGUUAGAUCGAGAAAAACAGGAUCACUUGUCUCUCGUACUGACUGCAGUAGAUGGCGGAGAGCCGCAGCUCUCGGGGACUGUUCAGAUAAAUGUAAAUGUGCUAGAUAGUAAUGAUAAUGCUCCAAGUUUUACGCAGAAAAUCUACAAGUCUACCAUGAGAGAAAAUUCUCCUGCAGGAACGGUAGUUAUUACAGUCAGUGCCACUGACUUAGACGAGGGAUCUAAUGGAAAGAUAUCAUAUGCUGUAUUGAACUCUGUUGAUGAUGCAUCUGAAAUAUUUGAUAUAAACAGUGAAACUGGUGAAGUAAGAUUGGUCGGAAGCACCGACUUUGAAAAAAAGCGACAAUAUCAAAUGCGUGUCCAGGCCAGUGAUGAAGGAGGACUAACCGAUUCCAGUAAAGUUAUAGUGGAAAUUAUCGACACAAAUGACAAUAUACCUGCUAUAAAUAUCAUGUCAAAGUCCAGUGUGGUUACAGAGGACAUCAAGCCUGGCACGGUUGUGACAAUUGUAAAUAUACAAGAUCCAGACUCAGGUGAAAAUGGGAAAGUUCAAUGUUAUAUUAACGAGAACAUUCCAUUUUCAGUUUCCUCUACAUCAAAUAAUUUCUAUAGCAUCGUGACAGACAGUGAUUUAGACAGAGAGAAAGCCUCUGAGUAUAAUAUAACAGUUACGUGCUCUGAUGAGGGAGUGCCCUCCCUCUCCAGCAGCGUCACUCUCACCUUACAGAUCUCUGAUGUGAAUGAUAACGCGCCUGUCUUUGAGAAGAGCUCAUAUGAGGCCUACAUUGUAGAAAACAACACACCAGGCCUCUCUAUAUUC